ACUUUUAGUGGCUAAAUCAUGAGAGUAUAAUGAGCUUCUGCUUGCAUUGACUGUACGAAGAGGUGUCAUAGUCUCCAGCAAAAUAUCCAACCACUAGAUUUCAUUUCAAGGCGCACUUCAGUUCCCGUCAUGCAUAGCGUCACAGCGGCACUGAACGCACACGGAGAAGAUAAACAAGACUGGAAAAAGCCUUCAGUGAUAUCUGACAGGUUAAUAAAUGAACGGUAUGUUUCAUACGACGCAUGUUGUUAGCUGCACUUAAGCUCGGCUGUUGGUGUCAGGAUGUCGCCUGGAGGCGUGCAGUGAUUACAACAUCGUGACAUUCUGCAAUGGUCAGAGCAAGACGAGUUGACUGGUUUAAAUGGGACGUUUCUUGGCAACAUUAGCAUUGGCGGAUUUGUUGCAAUGGGACCCAUUUUACAAGAAAGGACAACAUCGACGAUACUGAAGAGGGUGCCAGUUAAAGAGAAGAUUAGAGUGAAGAAUUCAGAAAAUACUGAGAUCGUUACCAGCAACAAUAAAACAGGUGGAAAAGUCAGUCAGAACCAGAAACCUCAGAAAAAAGCAAGCUUGGUGCAUAAGAAUGUCAUUUCAGGACAGGACAAGGAGCCCUUGCCCAGAGCUGAAACUAAGGGCCGACACAGGAACCAAACAAAGCACGUCAAGAGUCCUAACGCUGGCAUGUACAAGAUGCUACACACACAGUUUGAAGCUGACAUAAGGCAUCCAAGGUCCAAGCCAUCACCAUCAGAAUGGGAAGAGAAGAGGCAGAAGGUGCAGCACCAGUCCCCAUGCUGCACUGAGGUUGAGCAGAGCUAUGCAGCCCGAGAAAAGAGCCGGCGUGCUUUAUCACUUCCGCUGGCUCCUCAUCAGUUCCGCUUGCCUGCUAAUGUCCGAGACCUUGAGUCCCUGCGCCUCCUGGAACACAAAGAGGAUGACACAGACAGUGCCAGUGACCUGUCUGAUUCAGAGAGGCUCCCUGUGCUUCCUUCUCCCUGCACCCCUCCUCAGCUCAAUCUCCGAGCGGAAAUCGUUGACUCAGUGGACCUGCAUCCAGAUAUCCCAGGCCCCAGGACAGUACAAACAGAAAGGGAUAGCUACAAUUAUCCUGAUUUCCUACCUCCACCUUUCAACACCUGGAGCCUGAGGCAACUUGCCGUCUUCUUGAACACGGAGGGGAAACGUGCACCACGUCCCAAACCGGUUGGCCAGCUUGAGAUGUUCCUGGAACGUCUGCUGCAGCUAGAGUGGCACCAGGUCCAGACCAUUCAGAAUGAGAGCAGCCAACCCACGGCAGCCAAUGUACGUAUUAGAGGUCGUGCCCCUAAUGGUCCACAAAUAGCCAGCCUUUCUCGACCUCACACAGCACCUCCUACUCGCCUCAGCUCCCCCAAAAGUAUGCGCCAGAGUCAGCGCCCCUUUCCUUUUACUCUCCUAUCAUCCCUGGGCAGCCCAUCAUCAUGCCAGCUCUCACGCUGCCUCUACUGCCAUGCACGCUACCCAUUGUGCAAUGGGAGCUGUUCUUCAUAUACCUACCAGCGCCAUUCCCGCCUCAGCCCACUGCUGGAGCGCAAAACUUCACCCAGCAUCACGCACAAAAGAAGCAGUAGUGAAAGUAGGGCUUCAGCCUUGGAGAACAAAGCCAUGGGUAGACCUUAUUAUCCUGUAAGCCCAAAAAGCCACCAAAAACAAAUGGAGGCUGACGGAAGUCUGCAAAAGGUUUCUCAGGAGCUGAGUAUGAAGAGCAAAAGACAGCCUUCAGCUUUUAAAGGGCACAAUGGGAGGGCUGCUGAAGCAGAGAGUCACAAAGAUCCACCUGUGGGAAUGAGAGGUGCACUUGAUAAGCGCGUCGGUGUUGCUAAUAAACGAGACUCCCUUCUUUCAGGGAAGAGAGAACAAAAAGAAGGGCGGCAGACAGAGAAUGGGGGCAGUGGUGCAGUGGCUGGGGUUAAAAGAUUUGUCAGUGAAAAUAAUAGCAUUAAAGGGAGCAGGGCAGAUAGAAAGCUAAAAAAAUGCCCACUUGUUCAAGUAAAACAAUUACAAUAAUCAUACAUUAAUCAUCAGAAACGUAACAGCUUGAGUGCACAAUAUGUGUCACAAUAAGUAUUUAUCUGCAAAAUAAUAUUUUGCAUUGCAUUGUAUUUACUACAUUUCCUUUAGAAGGUUUUAGGAUAACAGCUGACUUUUUGGUCUGUUAUGAAAGAUAUAAUAUUUAAAUUGUUUUAGUUUCGCAAAAGAGGGUUAUUUAUUUAAUAUGUGAAGUUGAAUAAAUUAUUUGGACAUAUGUCCUGGAAGAAGACAGUUCUUGUAAAUGCUUACCUACAGUAAAAUCCUCAUUUACAGUUAAGGCCUAGACAUUACAAAUUUGAUUAAGAUAUAAACAUGUUUUUGAAGUGGUUCCUGCUAGCUGUUGCCAGCAACAUGUAAUUUAAAGUCUGUUUGGGCCUACAAUAAUAUGGUACUGAUAUACAUUAAAGAAUGUAUAUUUUUGACAUGAAUAAUGAAUGUUUUGUAAUGGCUAUAUGUAUUUUUGUAACGUGACGUGUAUAUAAGGGCUUUUCUCUGUUGAAUUCUCUGUUGAAAGGCAAUCUUUUUUUUUUUUUUUUUUUGCUAUUUUGUUCAUAUUUGUCUUCUUUAUUGCCCUUUGGUACUAAACAACAUUUAUUGCUUGCUCAUGUAUAUUUUGAGCACGCUGUAUUCUCUAUUUUGAGCAAUAUCUUGUAUUUGCUAAGUAUAGUUUUCACACGAGGUGCGGUUGUUAAAGUAUGUUCUAGAUUUUCAGAAUACAGUUUGUUGUUUGAUGGUAUCAUAAAUGUAUUUUUAGGAGCAUGUCUAUUAUUUCAGUAUCCUUGUCUCUAUUUUUGCCCAUUUUAUUUCACAGAAAAAGUGCAUAAAGUUGUUAAUUGUCUUUUGGUGCUGCAUGUGUUAAUUUUAUUGGAAAAGUAAUGGUAGUGACUAUACUGUUAAGAUUUAUAGAUGAACACCUUACUUGAAUAAUGUCAGAUGGUAUCUGAUUGAGGUAGUAGGCAUCUUGCUACUGUAUUUCUGCACCUAAACUUUUAGUAUUUUAUUUUUAAUGUUUGUGUGUCAAAUGCAUUCAACUGGGAAAAACAUGUUCAUGUACCAUUGUGCUUUUGUUUGACUGAAUGCACUAUUUUGUGAGAAAUGUUAUAAAAUUAUUCAUGCCUUCA